AUGGACCCAUCUGGUACUCAGAGAAAGUCACGUCACACGCCAUUAACAGCCGAGGCUGCUGUUACAAAGCUACUUGAAACCUCAAAACUCAUUUGUUCCCGGGCUUGGGUGAAGCAACAUGAGGGAACGCGGAUUCAAGAAGCAUUCAAGCUCGUGGCGAGUUCCUCAUCAAAGACAACCUCGAAGACCGAUCUGAGGCGAGAUUCUUAUCAGAGGUUCUUGAAAAUGGCUGAAGUAGUCAACGGCGUCCAAGCGAUUGUCUUAUCUGCAGUUGGGCUUGGGCAAUCAGCGGUAGCGAACAUGAGAGAAAAAGAGCGGCUCCAACUUCCAUCUGAAAUCAAAAAGCGUGGAGAAGCGUUGGAGUCUCCGCUUUUCCAAGAGCUUGCAGGGAUCUAUUCUGCGAAAGUGUCUAUUGAACAUUUUGAUGCUGUACCUGAGGCUCAGCCACCAGGACGAAGUCAAAAUUCAGAAUGGAUGAACGGCAUAACGUCGAAGGCGACAGGAUCUGCCGACCAUAUUCAAGGGCAGAAUGACAUAUUAGAGGCUCAGUACGUUGGGGACCAGCUUCAACAGGGUAUGCACAUAGAAGGUACAGGAAAUAAGAUCAUAUGACAGCAUCUCUAAUCUUGCUAUAGAUUCUCACAUCGGCACCAUGUACAGAUUGACAAUCGAAGACACACAAUCGAUUAUGAUGUCCGGCUACAUAAAUGGAGGAAUAUUGCUGUCAGAUCCCUAUAACAUCUGUACUUCACCAUUUAUUGUGAUUCCUAUCUCGAGGGAUUUAAGUUGCCAAUAUGCUACAGAACGGCCAGAGAGAAUGUAAAUAGCAACUUCCACCAUAGUCCUACAGAGUAUUUGUACUUAACACUCUACCCUCCUGCAAUAUAACCAACUCGAAGGGAACCAAUAGAAUAGUACCACCAGCUCUUAUUCCAUGGAAUUAUCACUAAUGAGUCAACGUCUCCUGAUCCUACACCAUCGAGAAAUUUAUCCCCCGGCGUUUCGUAUAUGUUAACUGCUCCCCCACCUUUGUAAAUAUCGACAACAACCGCCGUAGUAUUCUCUGGCGGCCAUAUUCUCACAUUGUUUUGUGGCGUAGUCCAUAUAAAGGAGGCAACGCUGACAUCAUCAAACUAACUUGUCUCAGUAACACCGCAAUUUGACAGAGCAUCGGUAGCCUACCUCGGCCUUGUACUGUACUUGUCCGUAACCUCGUCAUCCGUGGAUGACUUUUCAAGUUUGAUUUUAUUCACGGCCAUGGCCGGGGAUUAUGCCUUGCGUGUUGCGGCGCCCUUGGCGAAGGUAUCUCGAGAUAUAUCGCAGUACGUGAAAGUGGUGCGAUGGAUGGAACUCGUGCCGACGAGGUUGGCUCUGAAGAACUUCUAUACCAGGCCCUGAAAGUGUAUCUUCUGAGCAGUUUAAGUCCCUUCCUUCAAGUCGUAUUAGUGUAUCUGUUGUUUGCGUUUUCGUGAUAUAAUUGUUGAUGCCCAACGAUGCGAGGACGGAUCCUAGUGGGGUGACGAGUGCUUGUGAUCGAAAUUCAGAAGCGGAGAAAUAUAUGGCCGAGUUAAAUUAAUUUUAUGCCUGAGGCCAGUGCCAAUCUUCGCACAGUGUGCACGUAAGCAACUGUACGAGCUUCGGUGAGCAAAUAUUUAGAAUUUUUACAGAGGUG